AUGAACCGAUACACAACCAUGAGGCAGCUCGGGGACGGCACCUACGGCAGUGUGCUUAUGGGCAAGAGCAAUGAGUCCGGCGAGCUGGUGGCCAUCAAGAGGAUGAAGAGAAAGUUCUAUUCUUGGGAUGAGUGUAUGAACUUGCGAGAAGUUAAGUCCCUGAAGAAACUCAAUCAUGCCAAUGUGAUUAAACUAAAAGAAGUUAUCAGAGAAAAUGACCAUCUUUAUUUUAUAUUUGAAUAUAUGAAAGAAAACCUCUAUCAGCUAAUGAAAGACAGAAACAAACUGUUCCCUGAGUCAGUCAUCAGAAAUAUUAUGUAUCAAAUACUACAGGGACUGGCAUUUAUCCAUAAACACGGCUUUUUUCACAGGGACAUGAAACCUGAAAACUUGCUCUGCAUGGGUCCAGAGCUGGUGAAGAUUGCUGAUUUUGGACUUGCAAGAGAAUUAAGAUCACAGCCACCAUAUACUGACUAUGUGUCUACCAGAUGGUACCGCGCUCCUGAAGUUUUACUAAGGUCUUCGGUGUACAGCUCUCCCAUUGACGUGUGGGCCGUGGGAAGUAUAAUGGCCGAGCUUUAUACAUUUAGACCGCUUUUCCCAGGGACAAGUGAAGUUGAUGAGAUCUUUAAAAUUUGCCAAGUGUUAGGGACUCCCAAGAAAAGUGACUGGCCGGAAGGAUACCAGCUUGCGUCCUCCAUGAAUUUCCGAUUUCCCCAGUGCAUUCCUAUAAACCUCAAAACACUCAUUCCCAAUGCCAGUAGUGAGGCUAUUCAGCUUAUGACUGAAAUGCUGAACUGGGAUCCAAAGAAACGACCAACCGCAAGCCAGAAUCCAGUCAGCACACUGGGCCAUAAGGGAGCCCGGAGACGAUGGGGUCAGACGGUCUUCAAGUCUGGAGACAGCUGUGAUGACACUGAGGAUGACUUGGGAGCCUCCCACUCCAAGAAGGCGAGCAUGGAUGCCUUCAAGGAAAAGAAGAAGAAGGAGUCUCCAUUUCGGUUGCCAGAGUCAGGACUCCCAGUCUCCAACUACUUGAAGGGGGAAAACAGGAAUUUACAUGCAUCUGUUCCCUUAAAAUCUGAUACAAACUUGACAAGUGCUUCAACGGCUAAGCAGUACUAUUUGAAACAAUCAAGAUACCUUCCAGGUGUGAACCCCAAGAACGUAUCUUUGGUAGCUGGAGGCAAGGAUAUAAAUUCACACUCUUGGAAUAAUCAGCUCUUUCCUAAGUCACUGGGAUCCAUUGGGGCGGACCUUUCUUUCAAGAGGAGUAAUGCAGAAGACAGCAUAAUUAAACCGAUUGAAAACCUGUCAUGCACUGGAAAGUCUGCUGAGCAGCUAGAGGACCCACAAGGAAACCUUGGGAGCUACACCACUUACAACCAGACGGGAUACAUGCCUUCCUUUCUCAAGAAAGAAGUGGGAUCAGCUGGCCAGAGGAUCCACUUGGCACCUCUUGGUGCGUCGGCUUCCGACUAUACCUGGAGCACAAAAACUGGCCGAGGCCAGUUUUCAGGACGAACUUACAAUCCCACAGCCAAAAAUCUCAAUAUUGUGAACCGCACACAGCCAGUUCCCUCGGUGCACGGGAGGACAGACUGGGUAGCGAAGUACGGAGGCCACCGGUAG